GUGGAGACGAGCUGCCCAGAGGACGACACCACCAUGGCAGAGCCACAGGUCCCCUACACGAAGCAUGUGUCCCUGCCUGUGGGUUCCUCAGUGACAAUCAGAGGGAAACCUGCUGUCUGUUUCAGCAAGAACCCAGAAAUGCAGGUGGAUUUCCACACGGAAGCGGAUGGGGACUCAGACAUCGCCUUCCACUUCCGAGUGAGCUUCGGCCUAUACGUGAGGAUGAACAGCCGGCAGAACGGGAGCUGGAACUGUGAGGUGAAAUCCUCCGACAUGCCCUUUGCGGACGGCCAACCCUUUGAGCUGCACAUCUUGGUGCUGCAAAACGAGUACCAGGUGAUGGUGAAUGGCCAGCACUACUACAGCUUCCCCCACCGGCUCUCGCCACAAUCUGUGAAGUUGAUGCAGGUGUGGAGAGAUGUCUCUCUUUCCUCCGUGUGUGUCUGCUAGAAAGGGACGUGACCAGACUCCCCCCGAGUCAAGGAGAUCCCCUCAUCCAAGGGACCAUGGGACUCCCUGAGUUCACAAACGGGAUGG